GCGGAGAAGUAACACCUGCGUCUCUAACGCCAUCUCGAACAUCUGCUCUCUAUCUCCUCCUGUUCUUAAGUUUGUACUUGAGUGUGUUUUCUUCCAUCAAUCGUAUUUUCUGGGGUUGAUCUCAUUGCUGGCUGUGGUGGAUGCUUUUUCACGUGUUGAUGGCUUGAAGGACCUUGAUAAACAGGAGACUGCCACAAAUGGAACUUUAAGUGCCAUCCAGGAUGCUUUAGGUUUGCUUAAGACUCAAAGCAUUAAGAUCGCAAGGGCAAGUAAAUCAAAACCAUCAUUUCUGAAGAAGGUUGGUGAAAAUGCCCCAGUAUUCUUGUUUAUAAAUGUAUUAAUAUAUUUUCUUUGUGCCUUCCAUGAUCUUUAUUUUGAUCUACCCUGUGCACUUUCUCCUUCUAAAAGGAACCUACAUAUGGUGAAUAAUAGGAAGGUAGGAGAGACAGAAAGAGUAUACAAUUUAGUUUCUGCACCUCUUACAGGUAAUUAUUCAAAAAAAGAAAAGGAGUCAUGUAUUGUCUGUUUUUGGUUGCCACUAGUACUUUGUGCGAAGUUCGUUCAUACCCUGUAUUAUAUUGUAGUACAUAUAUAUGGCUUCUUCAAAGUGUUAGCGGCUUAUGAUCUUGGCCACCUUUUGAGCCUUUCUGCUUACACAAUAGGCUUUUAUGCUAAAUUAAGCUUGUUUAGAGAGAGCAGCCUAAGGUUUUCCUGGAAUGUCGAUGAUGAUGGAAUUGAAAAUCAGUUGCUAUCAACGAAAGGAGGAAAAUAUGAUCCAAAGACUUCUGGGGUAGUCCUUGAAGACUUUGAUACUGCCUUCACUAAUAAAUUCUACCACAGCCACUUGGAUGAAAUUUUCUGGUGUUUCACUUUUUUCUUUCUGCAACAUCCCUUUUCCUGGACUUUUUUGAAAAUGCCUUCCAAAGAGAAGAUUUAGUCAGAGUGAUUAAAUGUUAAUUAAUGUUGAUAAGCUAGCUAAUUUCUGAUUAGCUGUGUAAAAAGUGGCUAUUUGCCCAUUUCUCCCACCUAUAUCUGGAACAGAGAUUUAGGCCAUAUUAAUUGCCUAGUCUCAUUUCCGUCAACUCUUGCUCUCCAGUAUUUUUACAGCUGAAGAGAUAGAGUUAUUUGUGUAUUCAGGGCUCGUCGAUGAUAUCUUGGCCACUUUAGUUGUUUCUGGUUAGCUAUGUUAAACAAUUAUGUCCCUUGUCUUCAUCCUCAAUUAAUAUAAACCUUUGAAGAUGUGUUUUAGUUUAA